CUUUGGGUUGUACGCCUUGAAAUGUCAGCUCACAUGACGAACAGUUUUCGUCACUCACUGAAAAAUAUUCAAAGACAAUUUUUACACUACACAGGGGAAAAGUAUCGUACAUUAUUGUUGGAUUAUUUCAAGGAUUUGGGUCCAUGGUGGUAUCUCCACAAGUCGUUAUUGGUUUGCUAACUAUGUAGCUUGCACAAACAAGGACUUUACAGUGCAGCACCCGACUCGGUAAAUUGUUUUCUUCUCAAGUGGCUAAAUAGACAAAAGCAAGGAAAUACUUACUAUGAUGAGCUGUGGACCCCUUCAGAGUUUUUUUUAACUAUCCCAUUUCGUCAAGUAAUAUUACAGUGACAUCCUGCAGCAAGCAUGGGUCCAGAGGGAAAGACACUCUUGAACAUCAUAAUCCUGGGUUUUGGAUUUAUGUUCAUGUUCACUGCUUUCCAAACAUGUGGCAAUAUAGAGCAAACUGUGAUCAAGAGUUUCAACAGUACUGAAUUCCAUGGGAGUGGAUACACAAGCAUGGCCAUCAUCUAUGGAGUUUUCUCUGCAUCCAACCUGAUUGCUCCCUCAGUAGUGGCUGUUAUAGGACCCCAGUUGUCCAUGUUCUUUAGUGGACUAGUAUACAGUGGAUACAUUGCCAUGUUCAUCCACCCCUACACCUGGAGCUUCUACACAGCGUCUGUAGUUGUUGGAAUAGCAGCUGCAAUAUUGUGGACAGCUCAGGGGAACCUACUCACCAUCAACUCUACAGAUGCCACCAUCGGCAGGAACAGUGGUAUUUUCUGGGCCUUGCUACAGUUCAGCUUAUUCUUUGGGAACAUGUAUAUUUAUUUUGCCUGGCAUGGCCACGUUCACAUAUCAGACAAGGAUCGCCAGACGGUUUUCAUCUCUCUCACGGUCAUCAGCCUGGUGGGCAGCUUUCUGUUCUUCCUGAUCCAGAAGCCAGAGCCUGAGGCCACACCCUCCGAGGCGUCUGAGUCACUGCUGCAGACUGAGUCCACAGAGAGCACCCCUAUCAUCGUAGCGACUCCAGGUCUCGGUUCCCAGGCUCUGGAUGCUUUCAAAAAAGCGUUGCAGUUGUCUGUCACUAAAGAGAUGCUACUGCUGAGUAUCUCCAUAGCAUACACAGGCCUAGAGUUGACAUUUUACAGUGGGGUAUACGGGACAUGUAUAGGAGCCAUGACUCAAUUUGGGAAUGACGCUAAGAGUCUGAUUGGGCUCUCUGGUAUUUUCAUUGGCCUGGGAGAGAUCCUGGGAGGGGGCGUGUUUGGGAUGCUGAACAAGUGCAACAGGUUUGGGAGGAACCCGGUCGUGCUGCUGGGGCUGAUCACUCACCUCGUGGCCUUUUACCUGAUCUUCUUGAACAUUGCCAGUGAUGCCCCUAUUGCCCCAGAAGAGGGCACACACCUGCAGGCAUACAUCACCCCAAGUGUUGAGGUGGCUCUGCUGUGCAGCUUCCUGCUGGGCCUGGGGGACAGCUGCUUCAACACCCAACUGCUGAGCAUUGUGGGAUUCAUGUUCCGGGAGGACAGCGCUCCUGCCUUUGCCGUUUUCAAGUUUGUCCAGUCCAUCACUGCAGCCCUGGCCUUCUUCUACAGUAACUAUCUCCUGCUGCACUGGCAGCUGCUCAUCAUGGUUGUGGUGGGCUUCCUGGGCACGCUAUCCUUCUUCGUGGCUGAGUGGGUGGUGGUCUCCAGCCGACGGGACACUGACUAUGACAACAUAUGACAACCUAGGGGAUGAGGGGGUCACGGUGAGAGGAGCUAUUCACGGCUGGACGGGUCAUCCGGGGAAGAGUCGGUGUAACACCUUCCUAUCAACCAAGCUAUCCUUUGGAAUCCUUCAACUGACCGUUUGACUGGCCCACCUCAGCCCCAAUAAGCAGAGACUGUAGUAAUGCUGUUUUAGCACAGUCAUUCACAGCUCUAUUGAUUCCAAUAAGCAGAGACUAGUAACACUGUUUUAGCAGUCAUUCACAGCUCUUUUGAUUUUUCCCUUUCAAGUGGAAGAUACACUUAAAUACUGUAUAUUUUACUUUACUUGGAGUGAGUCAGUUGUGCACAGAGGAGCCUUUACUUUCAUGUCAUUCACUGUGCUUCUGUCUUCAUGUAGAUGUUCAGCUGGUUGGUUUCAAUGUGCAGUAGUCAUUGAUUAAGGUUUGGCUAGACUGCUAUUCCUACCAAGGUUUCCAGUUUCGACAUUAAUCUUAUUAUACUACUUGAUAGAAGAAGAAAACGUAGUACAGUCGAUUCUUGAUAAGUGCACAUUGGAAAUAUACAAACUCUGUUUACAUGCAGUUUAUCAGUUCAAAUACACUUUUCACUUCCGCAUGCUCAGAUUUAGUAUACACAUUUAGAAUACUCCCAAGCCAUUGCAGUUAUCAGGAUUCCACUGCAUCUAGAUUUCCUGUAAGAUGGCAUUUGUCAUAAAGGGAGAAAUUACGCAUAUACACUAGUGUAUUGCAAUUUAAAUUAUUUUUGUUAUAGUCAUAUCUGUACGAAAUUGUCGAACAAUGCUCUAAAUUUAAUUUCUUUGUCAAUAUUUGCAUCACACUUUCAGAGUAUCUGUAGUAUUCAAUAGGUUUUAUCAAAAGUGGGAUCCAAAAGGCCAUAGAUAGUGUAUUGAGGAUGAUGGCAUGGCUGUUGGAUGAAUGGUGAAUUACAAAAUGUAGACCAGACUUUUUAUGUCUAAACUGCUCUAGGUUAUAUUGCUCUGUUAAAAUGUCACAUUGAGGAACUCUUGAGCUUAUGAGUUUAAAAGGCUAUGGUUUUAUUUAGAACUCACAUUGAAACAAUGACAUUUGCACUCUGCAAACAUCAAGCAUUUUUUGUUCUACAUUUUCAACAUGCAAUUUCGAUUGAGGUCACAAACAGUUUACAGUGUUUGUGCUCCUCCUUGCCAAAAAUGUAUAGUCUAGUUCAUUUAACAUUUAAUUCAUUGUGUGGGAUUGCUUAAUGUAGAGUUCAGUUCUGUGGCACAUGAAAAACUGAGUUUGAAGAUUGUUCAGAGCCAGAGCUGUUGGAUGUGAGGCAAUCAAUAGGAUUUUGAGGGAAUAACUAUGUAUUUUGGAUUAUGAACUAGAUUUUAUACCUGAAUGUAGUUACUUAGAAAGGCACCAGGAUAUGCAUGCUUGUUUUUUUACAUUUUUAUUAUUAUAAAAUUGUUAUUUUGAGCCUUU